AUUAAACACACAAGAUGCGACACUAUUUGGCUAAGAUUUGUCUGCUUUUGGCGCUAUCCAACUUCAGCAUAACGGAGUGGGUGGAAAUAUCGAAAUCGCAGUCGAAACCAAUUGGUGAUGAUGGCUCCCAUCGCAAAGUAAACGUAAAGCAAUUGACUGUUGAAUCGCCACCCAAGGAAGGCUUUACCACACCGAGUCCUAUGUGGAUUGAGUAUCAGCGCGAGCGUUUUGGAUUAACUAAAAGUAACAGCAAUGGCAACGGCAACAGCAACAGUAAUCCUCUAGUGGUUAGCGAUGCUGGUGGCCUCAAGAACAGCGCACAAAUUGUGGUGCCGAUCAAUAGCCAGGUAAUCCAUGCCAGGACUAAGCUUGUGGUGCACAGCACAGAUACGCCAGUUAAUGUCGAUGUGGAUGUGCUUGUGACACCGAAAGUAGAAACCACAUCACGACGUCACUCGUCGAAUGUGGAAAGUGCGGAAAGUGUGUCGAAUACUGCGACACAGCAGACAGCAGAAAGUGAGCAUGAAUCACUUGUGCCUAGCUUGAAGGGUUUCAUCAAGUUUAUGCUAAAAAUGCAGCGGAAAUGGGUUAAGAAGUCAACGCUAAGCAUUGAAAAAAAAAUUAAAUUACUCAAGGAGAUUAGCAACAAUCUAAUGAAGGUUAUUGAGGAGCAAUUUUCGGUCCUGUGGCAACCAACGGAGUGGAAAAGACGCAAGCGACGCGGCUUAUUGGAUGAAUCCAAUUUGGAUUUUCCACCGGAAGCUGCUUUAAUGAGCAUAAAUUUUCUAACGUUUGCCGUAUUUCUCAUUAAACUGGUGCUCCAAGUUGUGCAAAUUGUGAAGAGCAAGCAUUACAACUUCUCUGGCUUUAACAUAAAUACCGAAGUUGUGAGAAAUCCAUAGU